AUGAUUCACGAGACAGCUGCAUCAGUAGAUCCCCAAACAGAUUCUUCAAGUCCGUAUGUUCAUCACUUUGAGUAUCAACAGUAUUUUCCUCACGACACGCUACCCGAUGAGCUGCCUCAUGGUAAGAAAAGUGUUAGACGUCUGCUCAUACUGAGAAGCUUAGGAGGAAUUUGUGGCUCAGCUAGAUUUUACUGUGAGUAUCCCGUUAGUUAUUUGGCAUCGAGAUCAAGAGCAUCCUCGCCUUUGAACCCUUGUCUGACUCCCAAUAUCGCCUCAGAUUCCCUGCAGUAUCUUCCUCUAGCAGACGCAACUGGUCUGAAUAUUCUCGCGCCCUUGGAAGCUAGCCUCGUCACAACAAGAAAAUUUACCUUGAUAGAAAUUGGUUCUAUUGCAAUCUGUUUCCUUGGUGUGGGACAUAUCACCAAACCAGGUUUUGUCAUCGAUUUGCUUUGGUACAACGAUGUAGAUAAUUACCAGAAGAAUUGGACGUCUCAAUCGUGGCUGGGAUGGGCUUGUUUGAUGAUUGGAGUCCUAGGGGGAACCCACUUCAGUGCGCUUACUUUUCAAUUUCCAAGAUCGGAUCACGAUAACAUCCACUUGUGA